GUUACUCAAGCCAUGCAUCAAUCGAUGACACCCAUGUCUUUACCAAUUACAAAUGUAUCUAUGCAGGUGCCAGCUUCUAUUGCUCCCAACGUACCUGUAGAUGUACCCACAACCACAACCAUUGCGUCUCCUCAGUUAUCAAGCUCUAAUACACAGAGUCUACCUAUGUCUCAAACUCCACAAAUUGAUACAAACGGGGAUCUCGUGUCACCUUCACUCAUAUCAUCCUCUCCAAAGAAGCCAAAACUUCGUGUUCAAAUUCCGGAGGCAAAAGAAAAGCAGUCAGCCCCUAAUGCAGUACAACAAUCACAGACAAUUAAGUCUGAUCCAUCCCCAGAACAAGAAACUAUUUCUGACUCGCAGCAAACAAUGGUAUCACAACCGCUGCAAUCAUCUCGCCCUACCCCGGGUACCACUGAUACGGGUCCUACAUCUGCCUUGCCUUCUCAAUUUGCACAGAAUUUACCAUCACCGUCAACCUUCUUUUCAGAAUUUUAUAAAACAGCUGAAUUACCCAGUCCCCUCACAUUUGGUAAUACACCCACUAGUGCUAAUCCCGGAGCUUUUCCUUGGCCAGCUCCUCGUAUGAAUUAUAUGCACCAGCCUUCACCAUUGGCCAAGCAUGAACCUAGUUCUAAUCCAUUAAAGAAUCGUCCUGCGCCAGCCGAUGAUGAUGACGAUGGUGAUAGCGAGCCAGAAAAGAAAAAGACGAAACAAUGA